GAAAUGUCAGUGCGUGGUGCGUGUUUUUUUGGUUAUGUUUACUGCGUGCAAAUUUUAGCCUUUAAUUUAGGAUAUUUUGUAAUUUUUUUGAUAAAGGGAAAUGAGGAUUGAUAAUAACGAGGAUUAUAGUGCAUCAGACUCUGACGAGGACUACACAGAAAAUGAAAAAAUAUUACUUGAUAAAGUAAGAAAUAGAGGCAAGAAGUUUUCAGAUGAUAAGCAAGAAGUUUUUGGUGUUGGAGGCGAUGAAUCAGAAGAUACUGAAGACGACGACGAGGGAGACAGAAGUGAUUUAGCAUUAAGUGAUGUUGAAGGGCAGGAGGAAGACGAUUUACCAGAUACUAGAGCAUGGGGCAAAGAUAAAAGAAAGUUUUAUCAAACUGAUUAUGUAGAUGGUGAUUAUGGAGGUUUUCAAGGAAAAGAUGCUCAGCUUGCCGAAUUAGAGGAAGAAGAAGCAAGAAACCUUCAGAAACAACUAGCCCAGCACUUAGAUGAUGAUGAUUUUGGCCUGGAUAUAUUUGCAAAAAAAGCUGAGGAAGAUGAUAAACAGAAUGAAGAGAUCAUUAAAACUGAUAUUUCAAAGUUGUCUAAAAGACAAAAACUGCAAAUUAUGCAGAAAGAAUCACCUGAGUUCUUCAACCUUGUUCAAGAUUUCCAAAAUAAAAUGACUGUAGCAAAUUUAUAUUUACAUCCUGUUUUGAAAAAGGCUGAAGCUGGAGAGAUACCACAAUGCAAAGCUGUGGAUUUUGUACAGUUUAAAUAUGAAUUGAUAUUAAAAAAGUUAUAUUUUGACUUUCAGGGUACAAAGGAAGCUGAUACUGAAAAACCUAAGAAAACAAAGAAAACUUUAAAAUUAUUAACAAGUAUUGCAAAGAAAACAGCACUUGAAAAACUUCCUAAACGGAAGUCAAGUAAUGAACAAGCUCCUGAGAUUGUUAAAAGAGUCAAAUUUGAUGAGGGUAGCCUAGUUAAAGAAAAAGAAAAAGUGAAGCAGAAAGAAAUGAGUUCAUCUGAAGAAGAAGAAGAAGCAGUAGAAAAUACUGAAGUUAUAGAGGAAGAUGAAGAAGAAGAACCUUCCAAGAGAGCCAUUACCUAUGAAAUGGCGAAAAAUAAAGGUCUUACGCCACAUAGGAAGAAGGAACAGAGGAAUCCUAGAGUCAAACAUAAGCUUAAGUACAAAAAAGCUAUCAUUAGACGUAAAGGAGCUGUUCGGGAACCAAGAAAGGAAUUGUCAAGAUAUGGGGGAGAAAUAUCUGGUAUUAAAUCCACAGUUUCUAGAAGCAUUAAGAUCAAAACCUAAUGUUAUAAUAUUGUUAAUAAAACUUUAUUUUUUUAGUUUA